AUGUAUAAAGUUAUUGUUAUAUUAUUAUUAAUACUUCCUAUAAUAAGUAAUGUAAAUGGAUGUAUACCAUUUGGUAUGUCAAAUUGUAAUUGCCAAUCAUCACCUCAAUGUGGUGAAUGUUUAUCAAAAACAUACUAUUAUAAUUAUGAUCAAUCACCAUCGGCACCUCAACAAUACUCAUAUCCAACAUUAAUAGAAACAUCUAAUACUUUACCACCACCACCACAAUAUGAAUAUAAUAAUAAUAUAAAUCAAGAACCAAUAAUUGAGUAUAACUUUCCUGGAAUGGAUAACUAUUUAACAACUUUAUCUUAUAAUAUUCCAAAAAGUAAUACUUCUGAAUACUUUGAAGCUGAUAGAAUUUUGGCAAAUUCCAUUAAAAAGAUAAACAAUGAAGAUGCUUAUAGGCAUGCUCAAGAAAUUAUAUCAUCAUCAACAACUUAUAGCGGAACAGAAAAUGAUGUAACAAGUUCUUUUAAAGUUGAGACAACAUUAUCACCUCAAGAUUCUGCCAUGAAUUAUCCUACAGCAGACCUCUCAACAAAUGUCAAUACAGGAUUUGCAAUAACAGUUGAAAAUCGUAAUAAUCACUCAAAAGAAACAUACAAUACAUUUUAUGAAAAUAAAGCUAAAGUUAAUUCUGGUAAUACUAUACUUGAACCAUCAACUAUCUCUCCAAUACCAUAUGAUUCAGGAAAUGAAAUUUAUAAAAUUAAACAUGAAUCACAUACAAAAGAAAGUGAAGUACCAUUACAAACAUUAUAUUAUGGUUACAAAUCUUAUCCUAUAACUAAGGCAUCAGACAUGAAUGUAGAAUCAAAUUUUACUUUCAAAAAUCAAAUUAAUACUAUUUGUAAUGGUGUUGUUAUAUCAAAAAGUCAAGAACCAUCAUUAGUUGUAGCUUUAGAUAAAUGUAAUAUACUUAAUUGUAGUGGAAUGAAUGUUAAGAAUAUGUCUUUAGGAUCAUCCACCAAAAUGAUACCAUUUUUAGAAGUUGUAUAUUUAUCAAAAAUUGAUGAUAAAAUGUCACUUCAAGGUUAUUCAUGCCUUACAAGUAAGUUUUUUUAA